AUGUUUGCUAAGAGCAGUAGUAGUACUAUACAAGCAACAAUAAGGACAUUGAUGUACUCUCGUAUGAUUGGAGGGAAUGUUCGGGAUCAUUGUCUCAUGAUGAUGGGGCAUUUCAGUUGUACGGUGGUGAUGGGGGCUAAGUUGGAUGAAGAGGUGCAGAAUGACAUAAUCUUGGAAUCUCUACCUAAUAGCGUCAAUAAAUUCAAAUUAAACUAUGAUAUGCUUAAUAUGAAGCUUUCUCCUAUUGAUAUUAUGCAUCAGCUUGAGAGUGUUGAAAAGACUCUCGUGAAGCUAGUAGGUGCAUAUCAUGUUGAAGGUUCUUACAAACCUAAAGGACAACCUAAAUGUGGAAAGAAGAACAAAAAGUAG